CCCUUGCAAUUCCCAAAUCCGCAUCAGCCGCAACGCGAAGCAAACGCCCCGGACGGAACCCAAACCCACACCACACCCAAAUCUCCCUCCCUCCUUCCCUCGCCGUGCACGCGCAGGCGCAGCGCAUCGACGCCGCCGCGGGCGCCAUGAUCGUGCGCACGUACGGGCGCAGAUCCCGCUCCUUCUCCGACGGCGGGGGCGGGGUCUCGUCGUCGCAGGACGCGUUCGACUUCGACGCCGACGACGACGUGCUGGGGUCGUCGGCCUCGCAGCCGCUCCCGCUCCCGCCGUCGCAGGAGUCCUCCUCGAUGUGGGAAUUCGACGAGGACCCGCCCCCGUCGCCGCCGCAGCCCCGGCAGGAGGCGAGGCGGCGCGGGGCAAGAAGAGGAGGGUGGGAGCUCGCGGAGCCCCCCGCGGCGGCGCCGACGGCGACGCUGAUGGAGGCGGAGGAGUACGGGGAGAUGAUGGAGAGCGUGGACGAGGUCACGUUCGCGCUCGACGGCCUCCGCCCCGCCGCGCAGAGGCGGACGCGGCGGGCCAGCCUGCUCGCGCUGCUCGGGAUCUGCGCCUCCGCCGAGCGCCGCCGCGUGCUCCGGGUCCAGGGAUUGCUACAGCAAAUUAUCGAUGCUAUUUUGGUUCUGGACAUUGAUGAUCCUCCCUGCGCUAUUGCUGCAGGAGCUCUUUUAUUUGUUUUGGCAAGCGAUGUCCAAGACAAUAAUUUGCUGGAUUCAGAAACUUGUGUCCAUUUCCUUCUUAAGUUAUUAAAUCCUCCGGUGAAUGUGGUUGAUGCCAAAGCGCCAUCAAUAGGUUCCAAACUUCUUGGAAUCAGUAAAUUUCAAAUGCUUAAUGGUGCAAAUAAGGAUGCUGACUCUAGUUCGGAGGACAUACUUUCCAAAGUUGAAGAAAUCCUCUUAAGCUGCAAAGAGAUCAAGCCACUAGACAGUGAUGACAGGAGAACAGCAAGGCCAGAAUUGUGUUCAAAGUGGCUCGCUUUGUUGACAAUGGAAAAGGCUUGCUUGUCUGCUGUUGCAUUAGAGGAGACAUCUGACAUGGUGACCAGAGUUGGGGGAAAUUUCAAAGAAACAUUAAGGCAGUCAGGUGGUCUUGAUAAUAUCUUUAAUAUUAUGGUAAAUUGUCAUUCAGAACUGGAGAGACUUGUAAAGGAUACCUCCACUACAGCUGUGGAGCUAAAGGAAGGAACAUCUUUGCAAAGUGCCGCACUCCUCUUGAAAUGUUUUAAAAUUUUGGAGAAUGCCACAUUUCUAAGUGACAAUAACAAGACCCAUUUGCUCCGCAUGAGUCGUAAAUUGAGCCCUAAAUGCUCCUCACUUCCUUUUAUUGGUGUUGUUCUCAAUACUAUUGAAUUACUAUCAGCUCUUUCUCUCCUUCAGAACACUUCCACGGUUUCCAGAAAAGCAGAUCCGAAAUCUUCGAAAGUACGCUGCUCUGCAGACAGUAGAGGUGCAAAUUUAUUGAAUCAUCAUGGCAAGUGCAAGAACUCAGCGGAAAAAGGCCUUUUGCUGAAUCAAAGGCGCCAAAAUUGCCCGUCAUCCAAAUCUGAAGUUUCUCAUAUUACUAUCUCUUGUAGUAGUGAUGUCUGUGAGUCACAAAGGACGCUAGAUUGUUCUCCCUCAAUUUCGAGCAAUGGGGCAUCAAGUGGAUCAUUUGUCAAGAGACACAGCAACGGUGUUGGUUUGAAGCUCAAUGUAAGAAAGGAUCGUUCUAAAGCUAAUCCAAUCAGAGGCUCAGCUGGUUGGAUUUCUAUAAGAGCACAAACUUCUGGUGGGAACUCCAGAGAAAUGGCAAAAAAGCGCCGUCUAUCUGAAAAUACGGAUACGGAUUUGGGCAAUGGUGGUGAUGACCCGUUUGCAUUUGUUGAUGUUGAUCAAGAACCUUCAAAUUGGGAUAUGUUUGGUCCAAAAAGGAAAUCACCACAGAAGCGAGCAAAACGAGGUAAUGGAAAAGUGCUCGACGAUUGUGGGACUGCAGCAAUUGUAAGUCCUGAAUCAUGUCAACCUGAGGAUAUUUAUCAGUCAGCUACAACAUCUGAUUCCAAGGCUGAAGAUGAGUCCAGUCUUUUGGAAGAUUGCCUUUUGGCAUCGGUUAAGGUUCUUAUGAACUUGGCAAAUGACAACCCAUCUGGUUGCGAACAGAUUGCAUCAUGUGGUGGAAUUAAUACCAUGGCCUCCUUGAUCAUUAAGCAUUUCCCGUCAUUUGAUUUCUCCAUGAACAAGAACAAUCAACUGAAAGAAAGAGUGUCCUCUAAUCAAAACCUAUCGUCUUCCCAGAGCAGCAAGACACAACAACUCAAAACUAAGCAAUUGCGAGACCAUGAACUUGAUUUUCUGGUUGCUAUAUUGGGAUUGCUUGUCAACCUUGUGGAGAAAGAUAGCCUUAAUAGGAUUCGGCUUGCGAAUGCCCGUGUUUCUGUCAAAACAUCUCAAAAUCCAGAUAACGAAGAGGUACAGAGGGAUGUCAUACCCCUUCUCUGUUCAAUAUUCUUAGCGAGUCAAGGUUCAGGGGAAACUGCUGAAGCUAUAUCACCGGAUGAUGAGGAAUCUUUGUUGCAAGGGGCGCGUGAAGCUGAAAUGAUGAUUGUGGAGGCCUAUGCAGCACUUGUGCUUGCUUUUCUUUCAACAGAAAGUAUGAAGGUUAGAGAAGCCAUUACCAGUUGCCUUCCGGACAACAGCUUGAAGAUUCUUGUUCCUGUGCUGGAGAAAUUUGUGACAUUUCAUCUGCAGCUCAACAUGAUGUCUCGGGAGACGCACUCAUCCGUCACUGAAGUCAUCGAAAGAUGCAGACUAUCAUAGAAGUGCGAAGAGGCCCCCUGUACAGAUUAACUGGCCUCUUUGCAGCCAAAGCAAGCACACACAGGUGUUGCUCAUCACCUGGCCGGGGCGCGGUAGAUGGACACCGGAGGCUGACCUGCAGUGGGCUUGGGAGCUAACAGUGAUUUGAUUCUUUCCUUUGUGUCCCGCUGUUGUUUUGAUCCUGUUUUUAGUUUCUUCUUCUCCACCUCCCUCCAAAUCUUGUCGUUUCUCAUAUCGUAGGAAUAGCGCAUAUUUUGAGUGUAUAAUAACAAGCAUAGGGAAUGUAAUUGGUCUGUUUCAGUUGUCCUGCCUAGCCAUACAGUUUGUACUUUUAUCACAUGCAAUCAGUGACCACACAUGCCUGAUCUGGAAUCAGAAUGUAUCACAUGAUAUCCGUGUAAUUUUAGUUUGUGGCUGACCCCUUGGACUUCAAUCAGUGGAUAGUUCGUUAUGUGGCGUUUUGCAGCCGCAGAAAGUGGUGUGCCCAUAACAAUGUAACUGAAGGUACUAUUGAAGUCUUGUGUUUGUCUGGUUG